CAUGGCUGCGUCGAAUGAGGAUUAGGAAUCACAGAAUUGGAAUUGGAAUUGCAAAUUCCCCUCUCUUCAGUUUAAUCGGGUUUUUGGUCCAAAGGCUGGCUAAAAUGAGGUUUUUAAGGACACUCAGCCGUUAAUUAGAUCCGUGAUGGAUGGAUAUAAUGUUUGUAUUUUCGCAUAUGGUCAAACUGGAUCUGGGAAGACAUACACCAUGAGUGGUCCAUCAGGUGGAACCUCUAAGGAUAUGGGGAUCAAUUAUCUUGCUCUUAAGGAUUUGUUUCGAAUGUCUAAUGACAGGAAAGACAUUGUGACAUAUGACAUUUAUGUUCAAAUGGUCCAGAUUUACAAUGAACAAGUUAGAGACCUACUUGCUGAGGACAAAACAGAUAAUAAAUUAGAGAUUAGGAGCUGUAAUGAUGAUAAAUUGAGUCUUCCUGAUGUCUAUUAUUAUGGCUACUCUAUAAAAAAAAGUGUCAAUCUUUGAAUGUGAAUUGCAGGAACCAACAACAGAAUUGGUUGAAGUAAAGUCUCCAAUCAAGGGUGCUAGCCAUGCAAAUGAUGUAAGAUCAUCGGUUACAGCUGUAGAAAGGACACAGAGGAGGCAAUCACUAACUGGAAUUCAUGGAUCCGGGCCGAAUUGCAGAUCUUCGCUUGGAGGGAAGCCGUACCAUGUAAGUUAAAACCUAUAGAGCUGCCAUUUUUCUAUUAAUAUGUUUUGCAAUUUCAUCAUUCCAAGUACAAGGUUAUGUUUAGAUGAGGAGAGAAAUGCUAGAACACCUCCUCCGGCAGCGGCAAAGACCUCAAAACGGUAGGAACUAGGAAGACUUCAAAAGCCAAAUAUCAAUGCUGGGGUGUUUGCUUUGACUCAAAGAAACACCAACAGCUCCAAGCCUCCAAUUUAGUGGAUUUUGUUUUUUCUCUUCAGUUCAUCAAAUUUGGUGUUUAGAAAUAUUUUUGUAAUUAAGAAACUAGGAUCAUGAAAAACACAUACAAAUUUUUGGAAAAGAAAAAGAAAAAAAUAAAUAAAUACAGCUUUUGUUAUGUUCUCAUGUAAUUAUACAUAGGGAAUGGAUCCUCUUGAUUGCUUAAAAAAAAUUGAGAGUGUAAAGUGUAAUCUCUAACCCUUAAU